UUACGUCUGUAGUCAACAGUCCUUUCCUGGGAAGGGGGUCCUGGCCACCCCGUCUCAACGGCUCUACUUAUCUGCUUUCAUUUAAGAAACCUCGAACGUAGAGGCGUUCUACAAACAUCUGAUCGGUUUUUUUUCUCUCUCUCCAUGAGUUUUUGAGGCAGCGCGUGACGGAAAAACUGCCCUCUCCCCGCCUCACUGACGGAAGCAGACACACCGAAACAGCCUGCCGUCCGUCAGUGAAGCCUUCAUAUCUACCUGACAAUUGACUUUGGGCUAGUUUACCAACAACAGUGGUUAGCUGUCGGAUCGGAGGGGUGGAAAGCUUCUUGUUAGAUUAGAAAGAGGAAACGCGGGCUUGCAUCAAGAUGGUGACUUUAUCAUCAGUAAUUCGACCUCUGGCUUCUCAGCUUCACCGACAGCUCUUCAGACACGCCAGCAAGAGUUUGCGGCUCACUCCAGUUCGAGGAUGUAAUCUGACAGCGUGCUCAAGUAGAUUUGUGUUGUCGCAAAUGCACCCUAUGUGGCAAGGACCCCUCGCGAUUCCCGGAGGUGCCCGGCAGUCACCGAUUGAUAUUGUCGUCCGCAAGAGCGUCUUUGAUUCCCAGUUGAAACCUUUGAUUGCUGACUAUGACCCAACAACUUGCCAACAAAUCUGGAAUAAUGGUUAUUCCUUCCUGGUUGAAUAUGAUGACACUACGGACAAGUCAACUUUGCAAGGGGGCCCUUUGCAAGACAAAUUUAGGCUGUGCCAGUUUCACUUCCACUGGGGUGAGAGCAACGCCUGGGGGUCGGAGCACACCGUGGACAGGAGGUUAUUCGCUGCAGAGCUUCACUUGGUCCACUGGAACUCCGAUAAGUACAGUCUGUUUGAGGAGGCAGUUAUGGAGGACAAUGGCCUUGGGGUUAUUGGAGUCUUUCUCAAGGUGGGGAAGAGACACAAUGGCCUGCAGAAACUGGUGGAUGCUCUCCCUGCAAUCAGACACAAGGGAAGUGUGGUAGAGUUUACAAAAUUUGACCCUGGCUGCCUGUUGCCGGACAACACUGAGGAUUACUGGACGUAUCACGGCUCUCUGACAACACCUCCUCUGACAGAGUCUGUCACCUGGAUGGUCAUGAAACAGCCCAUAGAAGUUAGCCAUGAUCAGCUUGCUGUCUUCCGGAGCCUUCUGUUCACCUCGGCUGAGGAGGAGGUUCAGAAGAGCAUGGUGAACAAUUUCCGUGUGCAGCAGCCCCUGCAGGGUCGCACUGUGCGUUCCUCCUUUAGUCCCUUCCUGAAGGAAUUGCCGUCUGAAUAAGAUGAUCCGCACACCCACUGGUUCCACCAAGUGCAGUACGUUGCAUCAUGUUACAGUUGGUGUAUUUUGAUCAUAGAAAUGUAUUUUAAAGUCCAAACGGUAGCUCUCUUUUUUUUUUUUUUUUUACAUUUACAAAUGGUACUGGAAGGACGUGGGAAAAGUUUGAUUUCAGGGUAGCUUUCAAAAAUGACAUUGAAUUUUUUGGCUAUUGGUUUUACAAAGUAAUAACAGGUGAAAUCUGUAGUUUAACAGAUACUUAUUCACCUCAAUUGUAUUUAUUUUCAAUUGGCACUUUAAUGAUUUUAUAUUUAAGAGUUUCUAUCAAAUCAAGCAGCUUAAGUUAAGCAAUGGUGGCCGGAGUCUGUAUAAUAGUAACCACCACUUUUUUUCCACCGCAUUCAUGGACAGUACUGUAUACUGUGGAUUACAUUACGUCAUAUUUUAUACUGAGUCUUUGUUUUUUUACUUACACUGACUUUGACAAGCUUCCCGCAGAACAAAGUAAAAGUUGUUAAGCAACAUUGAUUCGCAUUUCAUCAGAACACAUAUAUUCGCACAUGCCAUAUGGAUAUUUUCAUCUAGUACAGUGCCUUGAUUUCUGUUAAGCGGACUUCCACAGUUGAAUUGCAGAGACUCAAAUUGUCCUCAUCAUGUCGGGGUAAUUGAAAAAAAGGAAUCUCCACAGUGGUCUAGAAUGGCCUUAUUCACAAGUCUUGUGUUUACGUCUACUGCCACAUUCGGUGUGAUAGUUUCCACCACUCAAGGCCUGUUCAAGGCUUUUUAAAAGGAAGUUGUGUAGUCAUUUUAUUAUUAGUUGUUUUGAAACUAUUUUACCAAUGCUGAACAUUUCAAAAUAAUCAACCCCAACUCUCAUCAUAUCAUAUCCAACAAGUGUGCCUUGAGGGGUCAAGCUUACUAUGCAAUAUUUGGCAAAGUGGGACAGAUUAUGAGACGGUGUGUAGAACAAACACAGUGAGGCAGAUUACAAAAUGUGGGUCAGAGGGGAUUUGGGAUGAGGCGACAGAAGUUUGACAGUGUAGAAAACGGUUCUUUGGGUACUUUCUGGACAAAAAUGCUUCUAUUUGAAGACCGUGUCUGACUGUGAUCAUAAAUGACGCCGACUGUUCAUCGUGAUUUGAGAUGAGGAAAAGCUAAGCACUCACGGUUGUCAUUAUAAUCCCAACAUUACCAUCCACGACGACUCCCCCCUCCUCUCUUGAAAGUAGCCUUUUCUCUCAGGAGCACAGAAUCCCGCCCUGAGCCAUCUCGCCAGUAGGUCCUUUUUGGGGCCCGAGUGACAAGGCAUAGAUGUUAUGGAGGUGGUCUGUUUGCUGGACAUAUUUCUGGUAUACAAAUGUACAUCAAAAAAAAAAUUCUGUUGGUAUAAUUGUCUGUGGUUUUUCAUCUAAUGCAACACUUCACUGCCUUGAUUUUGUGUUUUGCAGAUGCAUUUGACUGUACAUUAUCUGUCUUCAUGUAUCAUGGCAUUUUAUGCAAAAUUCCUUGAUGCCUAUCUGAACACAAUUUCGUUUCAUCUCAAUGAUUGUAGAGUAGCUUCUUUUGUUGCAAUCAACAUUUAUUCAAUGAUGAUUUCAAUGUAUUUUUGACUCUGGGCCUACAGGUUAUGUAUGACAUAUGUCUGACGUUAUGUAGGUAGCAUGCUUUAUUUCAAACAAAUCAAUUGCUGUCGUUAUCAUAUACUGACUUUCAUGAUGCCUUUUAUCAUCUGCAGCUCUUACAAACCAUAUUAUAUUUUAGUCCGACCGUCAUGGAAUGUCCAUAGUCAUGUUAUAUGUUGCACACUUUCUAUGUAUGCACUACAUACAUACUUAUUUGUUCAUAAGGCAGUCAACAUUCCUGGAGCGCUUUACUCCUUGAGGCCCUCGCUUUUAAGGGAAUGUAUGAUAACAAAUUGUUGAUUAUCCAUAUGGAGAUGAAUAGAAAAUUGACAUUAUUUCAUGUCAUAGCAAUACAUUGAUGUGGAAUACAAGAAUAA